AUGUCGUGGCUCGGUCUUACCCCUCCCAAGAAGUUCCCGACACCGGUCCUUCGCCCAUUGGCUCCCUUCUUCGCCGCUGGCCUGGUCAUUGCAUAUGGCGUCAACUCUGCACAAAACGCCAUGAUGAAGUCCGACGAGUGGAAGAACGACCCACGCAACCCAUACGCAGAGCCGGGAGGAAAGAAGCAUUAA